AUGCAAGUCAAAAAAUCAAUUGUUGGGCAACUAGCUUUCAAAGGAAUGAAGACUCUGAAUCGAAUUCAAUCGGUGGUCUUUGACACGGCAUACAACAAGAGUGAGAACCUUCUCAUAUGUGCCCCUACGGGUGCUGGAAAAACGAACAUUGCCAUGUUGACUAUCCUCCAUGAAGCUCGGAAGCAUCUGGAUGCACGAGGUGCCGUCAAGCACAAUGAAUUUAAGGUCGUCUACGUAGCUCCCAUGAAGGCCCUUGCCGCGGAAAUGACGCUCACCUUUGGAUCUCGCCUUAAACCCCUAGGUAUCUCAGUACGGGAACUUACAGGGGAUAUGCAGCUCACCAAGAAGGAAAUGAUGGAUACCCAUAUGUUGGUGACGACCCCCGAGAAGUGGGAUGUGGUGACCAGAAAGAGCGUCGGGGAUGUGGCCCUGACCCAGCUCGUUAAACUCCUCAUCAUCGAUGAGGUCCACCUCCUCCAUGAGGAUCGCGGUGCCGUCAUCGAAAGUCUCGUCGCAAGAACACUUCGGCAGGUGGAAUCCUACCAGAGCAACAUCCGGAUAGUUGGGCUGUCUGCAACCUUACCCAACUACAAAGACGUUGCUAAGUUUCUCCACGUCAAUCUCAAGAGCGGAUUGUUCUACUUUGAUGGCCGAUUCAGACCAGUGCCCCUUCAACAGACGUACAUAGGUGUGGCGAAACCUGCCCUCGGCGGGUUUACCGAACAACGCACAAGAAUGGACGGCGUCUGCUAUGAGAAAGUUCGUGACCUUGUUGAUAAGGGUCAUCAGGUUAUGGUGUUCGUGUUUGCUAGGAACGCUACGGUGAAAUCCGCCAAUGACCUGCUGGAUAGAGCAAGACUCCACAAUGACACCGAAAUGUUCAAAGCUGAAGAGAACGAGGAGUUUAAUGCUGCUCGCGAAGAGGUGCAGAAAUCCCGUAACAGGCAGUUGAAUGAUCUGUUCGAUUCGGGGUUUUCCAUCCACCAUGCCGGCAUGCUUAGGCAGGACAGGAACUUGGUUGAACGCUACUUUGCUGCAGGGCUUAUCAAGGUUCUCUGCUGUACAUCUACCCUUGCAUGGGGAGUCAACCUUCCAGCCCAUGCAGUCAUUAUCAAGGGCACACAAUUCUACAACCCUGAUAAGUCUAAGUUUCAGGAUAUCGGCAUCCUUGAUGUCCUGCAGAUCUUUGGCAGGGCAGGGCGCCCUCAAUACGAUACGUUUGGAGAGGGGUACAUCAUCACUACUCGUGAAAAACUUGUCCACUAUCUGAAGCUCAUGAUGGAACAAACACCGAUAGAGAGUCAGUUCAUCAAGCGUCUGGAGGACAAUCUCAAUGCAGAGGUUGUUCUUGGCACUGUGAGUAACGUGAAGGAAGCAGUUCGAUGGCUCAGUUACACAUACAUGCAUGUGAGAAAGCAGGCAACUAAUGAUCUUUUCACAAGGCUGCGUGACCCUGAUAUGACGAGGUACCGUGAACAGCUCAUAAAGGACUCAGCACAGGCUUUGCACCGUGCCAAGAUGGUAGUUUACGACAAAGACUGUGGGACUUUGGACUACACAGAGAUCGGGCGAAUCGCAAGCCAUUUCUACAUAAAGCAAGCCACUAUCAUGCUUUUCAAUGCCUCUUUGGAGUUGUGCCGAACACGUGAAGAGAUACUCAAGUUGGUGGCGAAGGCCGCGGAGUUCAAACAAGUAAAGGUAUGUUGUGGAGUAAACUAUGUUCGGAAAGAAGAAGAGAGUGAACUUGAACAACAUAGGAAAUAUGACUGUGAGGUCCACGUGAGCUCGGUCAAGGAUUCGCCUGGCAAGGUCAAUGUUCUUUUGCAGACUUAUAUCAGUGGAGGAAACUUGAAUUGCUCUUCUCUAGUGUCGGAUACAAACUAUGUCGCACAGAACUCAGCCAGGAUCAUGCGAGCUUUAUUUGAGAUAGCCCUUCACGAAGGGCGUCCUCAGUUAGCGUCCAACGUUCUCACCCUGACCAAAUGCAUUGAUCAACAAAUGUGGUCUUCCAAGAAUCCUCUACGCCAGCUGCAAUCGCGUGAUUGUAAUAGACUUCUCAAUGUCGCAGGGGACACCUUCGAUAAUAGCCGACUUGCAACCUUGUCUCCCGAUCAAAUAGGUGUGCAUUGUGACAUAGUUCAUGAGUUCGAACAUAAAGUCAGCAAAGCGGAACGCAUUGCCAUCGGAACACGAAUCAAGCAGGCUGCCAAGGAGUUCCCCCGUCUUCUCCUAGACGCUACUGUCCAGCCUCUUUCGACAACUGUCCUCCAGAUCCGUUUGAAGGUCACUCCCGAUUUCGUGUGGAACGACAGGCUCCAAGGCUACGGGACGACCAACUGGUGGCUUUGGAUUGAGAAUUCAUCCGCAGACAUUAUGUACCAUCACGAGUUCUUCAGCAUCACUAGUCAACAGGUUCUCAACACAGAAGAGCAAGAAAUUACAAUGACCAUACCUGUUUCUACGUCGGAAAGGCUUCCCGCCGAGAUCAACGUAAAAGUGGUAUCUGAUUCAUGGCUUGGUGCAGAAACCAACCUGCCUUUGUCCCUUACUACAGUUGUUCUUCCUAGAGAAAAACUUUCCGAAUUCAAUGUGUUUCGUCAACUAAAACCAGGAGAGGAGCCGAAGGUCCUGCCCAAGACAACCCUCCAGAAUUUUCGGCAUCAGAUGUUUCCUUUUUACAAUUUUUUUAACCGUUUCCAGGACCUACAGAGAGUACUCUUUAGCCAGCUGUACACAAAUGCAGGUAGCAAUGUGUUGAUUGGUGCCUCGGGUGGAGUGGGUAAAAUUGUGGCCGUCGAACUAGCAAUCUUAGGUGCCUUCAAUGCCGAAUCCGACACCAAGGCUGUGUACAUAGCCCCUCUGAAACCUCUCCUACGGCGCCGCUUCAAAGACUGGCGAGCACGGUUUGGCGAUAUCCUAGGGAAGAAGAUCUACAUGUUGAAUGGUGAUCUCAUUUCUGACAUCAACACGAUCAGGAGAGCAGAUAUUAUUUUGACAACCCCUGAGAAGUGGGAUGCUGUCUGUCGGAGAGGACAUAAUAUCGAAUCCAUCUCUCUCCUCAUUCUGGAUCAACUUCAGUUUCUUGCAUCUAACAGUGGCUCAUCGCUAGAAGCCAUGGUAAGUCGGAUGAAGAUGAGAUCAUCCAAACUCCGUAUUGUGGCUCUUUCAACUCCGAUGGCAAACUCCAAUGAUGUUGCAGAAUGGCUUGAUGUAAAACAGGGUUCCUCGUUUAACUUCAAACCGACGGAAAGACCUGUUCCUCUCCAGAUAGUCAUACUUGGAUUCUCUGGCAAGUACUACCACAAUCGAGCUGCUGCUAUGAACAAGCCUAUAUAUCUGGAAAUCAAGGCAACCUCCAAAAAGAAGCCUGUCAUUGUGUUUGUAGCUUCAAAGAAACAGACGUCAGCCACAGCCUUUGAACUUAUCGCUUUCCUUCGAUCUGAAAAGGAUCCAAAAAUGUGGCUCCAUGAUAUGACACCAGAAGAGAUUGCUGAUGUAUGCAAGGAUAUCACAGAUGACAAUCUGAAACUCUCCCUAACCUUCGGGGUUGGCAUCCACCAUACCAGUCUCUCUAUAGAUGAUAGAAGAACGGUAGAACAGCUUUACCGAGCAAAACACAUACAGGUACUUGUAGCAACCAAGAACCUGGCAUGGGCGACAGAUCUGCGUGCUCGUUUUGUUGUUGUCAAGGGAACGGAGCAAUAUGAUGCCAAGACUGAGAGAUACGCAAACAUGGCUAUUACAGAUAUACUUCAGAUGGUUGGUCGUGCAGGACGUCACAGUGGUGAUUCUAGAGGCUCAGCUAUGGUACUGGUCCACGAUGUCAAGGAACACUAUUACAACAGUUUGCUCAAAGAAUCGGCUGUCGCCAUUGAAUCAGGGCAUUCCGUGGACUCCCUGGCAGGUCAUGUUAAUGCAGAGAUAGCAGAGGGAAAGAUCGCAUCUGUGAGGGAUGUUGAAAAAUACCUCAAGAAAACGUUCUUCUACAGCAGACUCUCUUCCAACCCAAGUUUCUACGGUGUGGAAGACUCCCACACUGCUACCAUCAGAUCAUUCCGCUCAACCAUGGCUGAGGAAAUCUUGAUGAAACUCAUGGAUGCUGAGUGCAUCAAUACGGAGUCUGCCCUUGGCAGUACAUCCUGCGAGCCAACAGCGCUGGGGAAGAUAGCAGCAGAACACUAUGUCCAACCAGGAACAGUUCUGAAGUUCAGACGCUCAACAACACCCACAUCCUUGCCUGACUGUCUCAAAGUCUUGUCGGAAGCAGAAGAGUUUUCAGGAACUCCAGUGCGUACAGAUGAAGCUACCUCAAACAGAACACUUUGUUACUCCUUGCCACGCUUUGGCUCAUCAAGUUUUUUUGGGAUUACUAGUGCUCAUUCCAAGGCUUACCUGUUACUACAAGCCCAUGUAACCCGGGCAGAUCUCCCAUCCAAGGACUACACGAUAGAUACAAGGACCAUCUUGGAUCGCAUUGGCAUGCUCCUAGAUGCCUUAGUGGAAGUUUCUGCGAACAAAAACUCAUUGUCGGAGAUCCUCCUGAGCAUGCGCAGUAGCCAGUCAAUCAUGCAAGCCAGAUGGGCGGAUGAGUCGCCUCUCCUAACCCUCCCUCAUGUCACCCCAGCCAUCAUCCCUCGUUUCACAAUCAGAAAACUGGAUAGAGUGAUUCGAAAUGAUGAAUUGCUGAGUGAGGUCAUCAGUACAUGUCAAGGAAGUAAAGAAGUUCUUCAGGAGAUGCUCCAGAAUGAUCUUGAUCCACUUCAAAUCGAAGAGAUCUGGAGUGUUCUUGGGAAGUUACCUACGAUCAGAAUGGAUAUAUCUAUUAGUGACGAACCAACCAAUACACCAUCCAGAAGGCAUGGGACUAGGCCACUUCCUAUGUCUAUAAAUAAAGAGAGGUUAAGCACCAUAACAACGACAGCUGAGGCAGGCCAAAGGUACAUCAUUCACGUCAACCUGAGACAACAGAAUAAGGGAGCUAAGAGGAUGUCUCAUACCCCAAGAUACCCUAAGUUGAGGGAGGUUGGAUGGUGGGUGGUGCUCGGUGAAACUAGCACUAACAGCAUCCUGGCUUGGAAGAGAAUUGAUCACAUCUUUGGUAGGACUAGCGUUGCCCUUCCAUUCAAGUUGCCCGAAAGAAAAGAUACCAUACAAUGCUCUCUUCAUCUUGUCAGUGACUGCUAUAUUGGUAUCGACAGUGAAAUCCAAAUACCAUUUCAGGUGAAGUCAUUGUGAAUCUACACUGAUUUCAUAUGUACAUGGACACCGCAUAAAGAAUGCUGAGAAGGCUCGGAGCAGGUUCUUAAUCAGUCUAUCCCCGCACCCCUCCCCCACUGCCAUUGUAACAAGAUUCUUAUAUACAAUAUUUUGUUUUUCUUUCAAGAACUCAAAGGGUGACCGUUUGUCAUAACUCUAGUAAAGACCGCUUUAAAUCGAGACAGAGCGAACUUUACUAAUUCUUCUUUUGGUUGAGUGUAUUUCAUAGAUAAGAAACCUGGAAAUGGUGAUGGGGAGACCCUUUUAACAUAAUUCUGUAACUUUUGUUGGGAACCUCUAUGGUACUUGUAAACAAGAAAGAAUGAAUGUUACUGAUGCCUUUCUGUUUGGAUUUUAUUUCAUUCUCCAUCAGAGUGCAAUUGAAGAAAUCGUAAUGAGUUUCUCUUUCUCUUUCACAUGUUUUCACUAUCCCUAUGAAUCACACUAUGACACGUAUCUAGUAGACCUACCCCAUCUUAAGAAGCAAAUUCUUACGUAGAUAAUAAUAAAACCAUACAACUUUCCUCUAUAUACAGGACAAGUUAUACAUGUUCAUGUCACUUAUUUUGUAAUAGAUUUUUUCAAUGCAUCCUCGAGAAAUUUACCACCCUAGAACUCAACAAGCGGCAUGUCAAUUUUCUCAAAGCAGAGAGAUGUUCAAUUUUCCUUGUUUUACGUCCGAAAUAUAUGCUCAUCAAUAAUCUUCAUUACUUGUUCCCUCGGAGAGGAUCUUUAAGUAUAUACAAACAAGUUUGCUAGUAGGUCCAUGGCCAUACUAACGAACUGGCUUCAAUUCAACUGAUUAUAUGUAGCCAGAAUUGAGUCAGUUUGCCCGUGUGAUAUGGUAUUAGGGAUUGACUCAACUAUCAACUCUUAACUUAAUAAAUUGAAUUGAAUUUAAAUUAUUGGAACAUCACUGGCAUCUGUCAAUAUUCUGUUCAAAACAAAAAAGUAAAACAGACAUACAUGUAUAUACAAUUUGAGGAACAUUAGAGGAAGAUCAAAAUAACACAAGGUAGGCCUAUAACAAAUUAUUGAAUACAAAUGACUUCCAAUGGAAUGUAUAUACAUCUGUGAAUAUAAAUUAUGAUACUGACAUUUGUAUAGUAUAGAUAACUGUUAAUAUUAUAAUUACUAUCACUAUUUUUAUUAUUAUUUUUCUUUAUUGGAAUAUACGUAGGGCCUGUUGCACUUGCUGAAAUCGUCAAUUUACAGCAUUCAAUGUUCUAUGUAUUCAACCAUUUAUCCAAUUUGUAAGCUAUCAUCAGUCAUUGUCUUAGUGCCAUUUGAAAAGACAAUGAUACUUCCUCAUUACCUGGUCCCUCAGAAGGGAUCUGAAGCCAUCAGUCCUCUUGAGUAGUAGGCCUAGUUAGGUCAAAUGACCAGAAAUUUUGUCUAAUUGGAAGUGUAUUUUUGCAUGAAUGGAUGUACUCUUCAUGUAAUGUUUUGAAUGUUCUACAAUUGUUUUUAGAGAUUUCCAUUACAGUGACUUAAUUCAAUUAACUUGAAAACAAUAUAUAUAUUCAUGAUUAUUGAUAACUACAUUUGAUUAUCAUGUAAUAAAAGUUGUGAAAUUAGCUUGCAUCCAAUUAUAUCUGGUACGUGAGUAUUGGUUUCAAAAAUUUAAGUUGCUUGUUUAAGUAAAAAGAAUAGUAGUUUGGUAUCUGGUAAUAAAUGUGUUCAUUUUGUUGAAUGAAUUAUGGGAGUAUUGCUGGGCAGUUUUAAUGAUAUUACUUCUGGUUACCAAUCAGUGAA